AUCGUUCGAACGUCGUCAUCGCAAUGUCUACGUUGGCUCAUAUCGGUCCGAUUUAUAAUACGAUCGCCGCCAAAAACGGAUUUUGGCGCCGACACACGCUAUCCUUACAAUGCUCUAUCAAAUCUGUAACGAACGCCAAUUUACCUAAUUGAAGUGUCGCAAUGUAUCUAUUUUGAGACGCACGUGCUCUUCGAGGUCAUCGAGUGUAGUCCGCACACACAGCUUAGGAGACAGAAGGUAGCAUGGAAUCUGAAAAGUUAUCAGGGGAAUAAAAAAUAUAAACAAGUUUAUUAUUAGAGCGCUCGUUCGGACCGGGUCGCACGGCCGUGAUUUGUCCGAUGGUGGUGAUAUACCGAAAUACCCGCGCAAUAAACGAACAUCCAACGUCGUACAAAGGCGCGACAUUAGGCACUCGUCGCGAACUCUCCACGCCGCUCACCACGGCCGGCACCAUACGCGACAUCUUCUACACGCCGCGACUUUGCUGUGCCUUCAUCGUCGCAGUGAUACCCAGCUAGUCUACUAUCAUAGGGUAUGGCAACCACUUCGAGGAGCCGAAGAAAGCAAGAAGAUGAGAAAAAAAAUAAAAAGAAGCAGUCUCCAGUGGACGACCGGCCCUCGGUACCAGCGCCAAGUGAGGCAUUGCUCAAUAAUCUCCGAACAGCAUUCGGUCUGUUGGAUAGGGAUAGCGACGGUCACGUAACGCCGGCGGAGCUGCAGUUUAUGCUGCGCAACCUAGGCAUCGAGGUCAGUGACGACCUCAUAGCCGAUCUUAUUAAGGAUGCCAGUAAAACUGGAAAUGGCUUAAUAGAUGAAAACGAGUUCAUGCAGUGGGUGACAAAGAUUCAAGCACUGCAAGGGUUAGAUGUAACAACGACUGGAGGAGAUUCGGAAGAAGAAAUAACGAGAGAUUUGCUGGCAGCAUUCAAAGUGUUCGACCGCGACGAUAACGGAUACAUAACGCGGGAUGAAUUGCGCUCAGCACUUGAAAUUAUAGGAGAACCUGUGACGGACGCGCAACUGAACCAAGUGCUGGCGCUCGGGGACAUUGACCACGAUGGCCGCAUCGACUAUGAAGAGUUUGUCAAGAUGCUGUUGUAAUACAAAAAAAAUCAUUGAAAAAGAAAGACCUCACUAGAUAUAUUACUGUCUAUUGUCAUCGAUGUUUCAACGACGUCGCGUCAUAGUUAGUUCAGUAGUUAUUGUAACUGGAUACUGUCCAAGGAUCGAGUUAGGUUAAUUUACUUAUUUAUAGAUUUUUAUAGGUUAUAGAUAUAACCGUGUAUAGAUGAAAUGUUUAUAGGCUUCAUAGAAGGCAGAUUGAAAUAUUUGACUAAAGAUUGUUAACGUUUUGAAGUAACUCUUAUAUGUUAUUUUCUUUUUAAUGUCUGCCUUGAAUAAGAAGUUGAAACAGUAAAUUAAUUUAUAUAUCUACGGAUAUUUUAAAAAAAGUUUCUUUUUAGUCUUACCUACCUUAGUAGGCUACACGUACAUGCAUUCGAGCAGUUUGUUUUUUUUUUAUACCUACUGCAAAAUUAAUGUUUGCGGUUUUCGUCUGUAAGUGUUUUUAGUCAAUAAAAUUAGAGAUAUUUUUAUAUGCAUGAUAAAAUUGCAAACGCUUUUUACAACGACAGAGCGAUCUUCGUUUGGACUCAAUACGACUGAUAAUAUAAAACAAAUAUUCUUGGAUGUUUUUAUUUGUCUAUAUUGUACUUACUUGAUAAAAUGAAAAUUUUCUUUUAUGCAAUCUUAAGGCACUAUGAAAUAUUAAAAUUUAUUAACAUGGCAAUACGAGCUUUUUGGCGUAAAAUUACUUUAGGUUAACAAAUCAAAGCUAUACUUAUGUAUAAUAUAUCAUAAAAUAUUCUAAUUUUAUGGUUGUGAAAGAUAAUUUAUAUCAAAACAGUUGUAUAUAUUACACCGUUUCAAUGUUUAUUUAUAUAAAUACAUAAAGCGAAUGGAGUAUAAAGUUCAGUGCGAACACAAGAUGCCCACACACAUUAUAUUUUUAUUUUAAUACAAAAGGCUUGCUUUGUAAAGACUAUUUCAAAUGUGAACUAUUAUGAAAUUUUGCAACAAAUAUUUUGUAAUUGUUGCUAAAUAUUUGUAGUAUCAAUAAAGUUCAUGGUUGCAAUAGUUUAAAAAAUAGCCUUUGAAAGGCAUGUGAUUUGUAUUAUUCGUGAUCAAAUAAAACAUAAAUUUGUUAUUUA